GUGCUGCAAAUGUGCCCAUAACUUUGCAAGUUUUUCUCCAGCUCUUUCGAAAAAUCCCUGCUCUUUAUAAUUCCUAGUACUAGCUUGACUGUCCAUUUGUCCGUGUAAUCUCGUGUCGUGUGUUCGCCACCAUUGCCACUCAGAGCGCAGAGAAGAGAUCGAUCGAUCAUGUCCAUCAAUGCCGUCCCGAGCCCCGUCCCGUCCGCCUCCGACGACGCCGAGAGCCUCAGGAAGGCGCUUCAAGUGCGACAUGGACGCAUGGUGACGACGCGUGUUGCAUCCGCAGGAUGGAGAGCGGACAAGGGCGCCCUGACCCGGAUCCUGUGCCGGCGAACGGCGGCGCAGCGGGCGGCGAUACGCCGCGCCUACGCCUUCCUCUACCGGGAGCCCCUCCUCAACUGCUUCCGCUACAAGCUCUCCCGCCAUUGCCUCCUCUCCCUCGAUUUCUGGAAAGCCAUGAUCCUGUGGACGAUGGACCCGGCAGAACGGGACGCGAACCUAGUGCACGAAGCACUGAAGAAGAAGCAGAGAGACGAGACCUACUACAUGUCCGUGCUGAUCGAGGUGUCGUGCGCUUGCACCCCGGAUCACCUCGUCGCCGUCAGGCGCGCCUACCUCGCCCUCUUCGGCUGCUCCGUCGAGGAGGACGUCGCGGCGUCGCCGGCGAUCCAAGAACCUCUGAAGAAGAUGCUGGUGAGGCUGGUGAGCUCGUACCGCUACGAGGGAGAUGAGUGCGUCGUCGACAUGGACGUGGUGAGGAUGGAGGCGUCUCAGCUGGCAGAAGCCAUCAAGAAGAAGAAGCAGCCGCGCGGGGAAGACGAGGUCGUUCGGAUUGUGACCACUCGGAGCAAGUCCCAGCUCAGGGCAACGUUUCAGAGAUACAGAGAGGAUCAUGGUUCAGACAUAGCUGAGGAUAUUGACAGCCAUUGCAUCGGCCAGUUUGGCAGGAUGCUGAAGACCGCCGUGUGGUGCUUAACAUCACCUGAAAAACACUUUGCAGAGGUGAUCAGGCACUCGAUCUUGGGAUUGGGGACGUACGAGGACAUGCUCACCAGAGUAAUCGUGUCGCGUGCUGAGAUCGACAUGAGACACAUCAGGGAGGAGUACAAGGUCAGGUACAAGACCACCGUCACUCGCGACGUCGUCGGCGACACAUCGUUCGGUUACAAGGGCUUCUUGCUGGCGUUGGUCGGGAGGGAGGACUGAAGAACAACGAAAGAAGUGUUCCAAUGCAUUGGUAUAUGGGAAUGACAUGUGGGGUCCAGACCCACAUGUCAAUGUGACAUACGAUGGUAUUUCGACUUUGUGAUUUUUGAGAUGUACCAGGCAAAUUGGGACAAAUAAAGGUUGUGAUUUAAUAA